CACAGGAUCUACACUGACUACUGAGCAACUGCAGACCUCCCUCUGCUCCGUUUUGAGCCAAAAUGGCCGCCACCAACUGCCGCGAUUCAGCGAGAAGAGAGGACGAGGACGAGGAAACGACGUCACGAAGAGGGGAAAUAACACACUAGUAAUGACACAGCAGAGACACAUCGGAGGACUUGGAGGUAUCUUGAGAGGUCUUGAGCUGUACAUAUUCUAACAUCCUUCUGCUCCAACGCUGAAAUCGACAUGGCCGUCCCAGCUUGACUGACGCCGCGUCCAUCCUGACUGCCACAGAUGGAUAGAGGAGGACUGUUAUCGUCUUCUCUGGAGGGUCCAUCUGCUGCUUGAAGUCUGACAGGAGCCCUGGAACGAGAAACAUGUAACGGAGCGGCGUCGGACUGACAGCUGCUGCAUGAAGACAUCAAAGGAGCGGAGUCGGACUGACAGCUGCUGCAUGAAGACAUCAAAGGGGCGUGUUUGAAUCUCUUCCAGAACCAGUCAUGGCAGACAAGAUGCCUCCAGAGCAGGAGAACCCGCUUCUCAACCACGCAGGCCUCCCGAACGGGAAAGACGGCAGCAAAGAUGGCCUUCAGGCGCGAGGCCAGUGGGCCAGCAAGGCGGAGUUCCUCCUGGCGGUGGCGGGGCAGAUCAUCGGGCUGGGCAACGUCUGGAGGUUCCCUUAUCUCUGCUACAAGAAUGGAGGAGGUGUGUUCUUCGUGCCCUACCUGUUGUUCCUGGUCCUGUGUGGGAUCCCCCUCUUCCUUCUUGAGACCUCUUUGGGACAGUACACAAGCCUGGGAGGAGUCAGCGCCUGGAGGACAAUCUGCCCGUUAUUCGGAGGCAGAAACCUCCAGCAGGACCAGACUCAUGUUGGAUACACAUCUGCUGAGACCGAGUUGGAGAGAGGGAUGAUAGUGAUGAGACGGAUAGUAGCAAUUGUAGCAGCAGGAGUCUUGCACGUCCACAGCAGCAGACAUCCAGAGGAACCUACGGGACAAGAGAGCUCAGGGACUCCAGAGAGGUCUAUGGUCUGGGCUACGCCAGCCAGGUGAUGAUCCUGCACGGCUGUGUGUACUACAUUGUCAUCCUGGCCUGGGCGCUCUUCUACCUGUGCUACAGCUUCCAGGCGGAGCUGCCGUGGUCGCACUGCAACAACACGUGGAACACCGAGUCGUGUUUCCUCUUUGACCACCACAACCAGUCAGCCAAUGGGAGCAGUCUGCCUGAGAACGCCACCUCUCCUGUCAUGGAGUUCUGGGAGCGAGAGGUCCUGCGGCUCUCCAGCAGCUUGGACGAGCUGGGUCCGGUCAGCUGGAAGCUGGCUCUGUGUCUGGCCGUCGUCUGGUUCGUGUGCUACUUCUGCGUCUGGAAGGGAGUGAAGUCCACCGGAAAGGUGGUGUACCUGACAGCCACCUUCCCAUACCUCAUGCUGUUUGUGCUGCUAGUGCGCGGUGCCACACUGCCCGGAGCGACCCAGGGCAUCAUCUACUACCUCAAACCCAACAGCACUCGCCUGGCAGACCCACAGGUGUGGAUGGAUGCAGGUACCCAGAUUUUUUUCUCGUAUGGAAUCUGUUUGGGAAGUCUCACAGCACUCGGCAGCUACAACAAAUACAACAAUGACUGCUAUAAGGACUCUUUCCUCCUGUGCCUCCUGAACAGCGGCACCAGUUUCCUGGCAGGUUUCGCCAUCUUCUCGGUGCUGGGCUUCAUGGCUGAGGAGCAGGGCGUGGACAUCGCCUCUGUGGCACAGUCAGGUCCCGGCCUGGCCUUCAUCGCCUACCCAAGAGCUGUCGCCAUGAUGCCAGUCCCCCAGCUCUGGGCCGUCUGCUUCUUCCUCAUGAUCAUCAUGCUGGGGCUGGACACGCAGUUUGUGAGUCUAGAGGCCCUGAUGACGUCGGUGACUGACCUGUACCCUCACCUGAUCCGACGAGGACACCGCAGAGAGCUGCUGCUGCUGUUCGUCUGCAUCGUCUGCUUCCUGGUCGGGCUGGUCAUGGUCACGCCGGGCGGUUUGUAUGUGUUCCAGAUCUACGACCAUUUCUCCUGCAGCGGGGCAAGCCUGCUGCUGCUCUCUAUAUUCCAGUCUCUGGCCAUCGGCUGGGUCUACGGAGCCGAGCGCUUCAGCGAGAACAUCAGGGACAUGACGGGCUACAGCCCCCUGCCCGUCUUCAGACUGUGCUGGAAAUACUUGACCCCAGCUGUGUGCACUGCUACUUUUAUGUUUUCAUUGGUGCAUUGGUCUCCUUUGAAGUUGGGGAAGGGGAUAGUUGCACCACCUUGGGCCACCACCUUGGGCUGGAUCCUUACGCUCUCCUCUGUCUCGCUGCUUCCCAUCUGGGCCAUCUACGCUCUACUCACCGCCCCAGGAUCUCUGGCGCAGCGGUUCCAGUAUCUGUGCAGCCCCUCCGACAAGCUACCCCUCGCCCUGCGGCACUUCCCCUCCAGCAACUCCUCGCUGCCGUACAGCUCGGCACUGCCGCUGACCGACAAGCCAAAGGAGCCGAUCACAGACAUAAUCCAGGACCGUAUGACCUGAUAAUGGUCAGUGACAAUGAAUUGGUCAGCCGAUCGGGUGUGGCCAAGGGGAGGGUCCGGGUUAGCUGCUGGGUCCAUGAUCCAGCGGCUGGAUCCUUGAAAAGGGAGGUCUUAACGGAGCAUGGAGGCAAGAAGAUCCAACAAAUGGAGUUUGCCUGAUAAGGAGGACAUCUUUGCAGGCAUUGGUUUCCCACAAUCCACUGCAAACAGGUCCACUUUUAAAUCAAACAUUCAGGCGAUCGGUGUAUUUAUCCAGACCAAUGAUCAGACUGAAGAUGCUGCACGUUUUAAUCACAGAAACGGUCACAUUUUCUCCCCGGCGUUCAGCUCAGAGAGCAAAACAAUCAAACAUAGCAUCUGUUAUUGCUUAACUUUACAACCCCAGCCUGAAUGCUACCUAGUUUCUGUUUUUAAGAAGCAUUCUGCACAAAGCAAUAAGUCUCUGAGGGUCCAUCCCAGCUCGCUCUUCCGUUAAGACCUGCCCCCCCCCCCCCUGUUACUGGCUAUCAGACUCUGUUGUUCUAAAGCAACACACACUCCUCGACCUAGACGACGUAUCUGCUGAGAUCUUAAGCUUUUCUUUGUUUGACUAACUGAAUCCCUGUACUUGAGGAACCUUUAAUCACAGCUCCUAUAGCCAUCCAGCAUUACAGAGUGACUUAACUACCACCUUACUCUCUAUGAGAGAUCAGCGCUUUGGUUAGCACGCUUAGCUUAGCUCUUUAUUUCCAUUUUUAACUGAUGACUUUAACAUGUCAGACAUUUUUUAUACAGGGAUCUGUCGGCUCUUCUUCUUUGUGUUUUUAUCCGUGCUUCGCCCUCCGUGGUUUCCACAUCACGAGGUUCGAAUGGUUCAUGACAUGCCUUACACUCAGACCAAGUGGUGCUCAUCCAAGAGUUAGUUUAUCCAAAUAGAACUGUUUACUGCCAACACACACGAAGCACUGAGCUCCACGUCUUGGUCACACUUCAACGCCGACAGAAUCAUUGAAAUGUGUAGUAACUGCUUUGAAUCAUUAUUUAUAUCAUCGAGAGAGAGAGAGAGAGAGAAAGUGGGCUGGAACUUUUUAUUCUUUUCUUUUUUAGCUUUCUUUUUUUUUCCAAAUGAAGGAGAGGAUUGGGCCACUCGUUUAGAAAUCCUGAGUUAGAUUAGAAGACAAAUUAAGAAUCCAUAGUAAGACAAUGUAAAGUAGUACAAGCUUAUAUUUAAUCUAAAGCCAAAGAGAAAGAUCGAAAUCUCCAUUGUGAUUUUAAAGUUUCAAAUCUGAGGCCUAAGAAUGACUAAUUCUGAGAUUACAGUCAGAAAUCUGAGUUUAAAGAUCAUGCAAUUCUUAUUCUGUGAUUACUUUUGCAGAAUAAUAAAGUAGUCCCAGAUAAAUUAGUAACUACAGGUUUAAAUUAGAUUGUUAUCACUGUAAAGACUAAAUAUGUACCCGUUUUCAUACCAGUUUGAGGGGUAAAGGGUUAAAAGUGGUAAAGUCAGAAUUCUGUGAAUAAACACUUCAAGAUUAAAGUCAGAAGUGUGAGAAUAAAGUCUGGAAUAUUUUAUUAUUUUCAGUUUGCUUGUCAGAAUUCCAAGAACAAAGCCAGAAUUCUAAAAGUUACAUCAACAUGAGUCCUGUGGACGCUCAAGGAACUGCAGUUUAAUAUUUAAUAUUUAAUAUUUUAAGACUAGAGGUUGCCGCUCAGUUUAAAAUCAGAAUCAAAAUGUAACAUUUCUGGUUGUUUGUAUGAAUAAAGACAGAGGGAACAUUUCUGCUAAUCAAGUUUAAUGUUUUUAAAUUAAGUUUAGAUUUAGAUUUCUGCAAUUACAAUCACGAGAGUUCAAAUCCAGAUAUCUGAGAGUAGAGUUUGAGGUAUUAGAUCAUGACGUUUCAAUCUUAGAGGAUUACGUAAUCUCAUAUUUAAAGUUGAAAUGGUGUGGCCCCGAUCCUUCUCCGGUCUAACGCACAAAAAUCAAGUGCUGUCUCUGCAAACUAAAGGCAUUACUUGCACUUCUUUGCACUGUACCAAAAAGAAAAACAAGCCUCACUAACCGAGAUGGAAACGUGUGUCAGAUCUGAAUCAGCAUGGGUUCAUUUAGCGUCAAACGUUGCUGCUGCUGUUAAAAAAAAAAAAGAACAGCAAAUAUUUUUAUUCUAUGCCCGUGAAAUAUUUAAGAUAUUUAAGUAGGUUUUUACUAACUGCAAACUUUCCACUCCUGGAGACUGGAGGCGUCUUUAACUGUACCAUGAAUGCUGACAUGCAGUAGAACUUUAAAUCACCUGUAUGUAGCGAGGGAUGUUUCUGAAGAAUGCAGUAUGUAAAUGUACAUUUUGUAGAGAUGUUCUCAUGAUUGUCUUUUAUUACCUCCUUUACCUUUUUAUGAGGAUGUCGUCGAUUUCACCGAACAAUGAGACUACCUUCCUCCACGACGCUGGUUUACAGAUUUCUUUUUUUCGAGUGCCGACUUUUUAAAACACAACUUCUGCUGUCCUCCCGGAGUCCUGAGAGGGUUUAAAUCUCCGUUAAUUUACCGCACUCAAAGUCAAGGACGGAGUGUUCCCUGCAGGAAACUACACUCAUGAAUCUGUGGGAGUAAAAAAACAUCGACUGACGUUUGAAGAUUCAUAACAUCCGAACAGGACGCAGAAACCCAUCUGGUUUAUUCUUUCAUUUACUUGAAAUUGACCGUAGUGUUAUCAUCUCUGUUUACAGGUGUAUAGAUGUGCCUCUUUAUUUGAAUAUGGCCUUCUUUUGUAUGUGUAUCAUUAUUUUUAAAUGAAUAUAUACAUUGUGGAUAAGA